AUGGAACAAGCUUUGCUGGAUCUGCAAAUCGCUGUGCACCGGCUACACCACAGCCACGGCCAACUGGCGCACUUUGCCUCGGAGGCCCUGCCUGAUGCCAGGUUUCCAUUUUAUGGCAACAUAACACCCCAUGUUGACAACGUUGAUCGCAGGACUAUCCUGUUCCUUUCUCAAAUCCGUGACUCGGCCGAGAAGUCCGAUAAGCAGGGCGGCGCAUUCGUGCAGCUCUCUGGCAGCAAUGUUGAUAAUGAACAAAUAGAUCAAAGCAUAUACGAUUCACAACCAUUAAGAACCCCUACUGGCGAACAAAUCUACGUAGGUGCCCAAGUCCGGGGCACAGAAUUCUCAUUGCCGCCACCGCUCUACGACCCUCUUGACUUCCUGGCGCCCCCAGACGACAGCGAGAUUGUGCAAAUCGAGAAUUAUGCAAAUCAACUGCUCGAUAAGCUACAGACGGGGUAA